AUGUCACUUCUUCAUUCGCUCCUCGCCCGAGAUGGGGACUCGGGUGCUGCUCCGGCCUGUGAAACGGGCAACGAGUACGACGGUCGCAUGGGUCUGCGUAUCUCUUCGAUCUUCGUCAUUAUGGUUGGUUCGAUGUUCGGUGCCGUCUUCCCGGUCCUUGCCGGCAGCUAUCGCCAGUCCAAGAUGUUCGGAUGGGCCUUUUUCAUCGCCAAGUACUUCGGUUCCGGUGUCAUCAUCGCCACGGCCUUUGUUCACCUGCUGGGCCCCGCCGAGGAGGCUCUCACCAACGAAUGUUUGACCGGUCCAAUCACGGAAUACUCUUGGGUCGAGGGUAUCAUUCUCAUGACCAUUGUGGUAUUGUUCUUUGUCGAAUUGAUGGUUAUGCGCUAUGCUCGAUUUGGCCAAAAUCACUCGCACGAUGAAUUCGACCACAGCCACAGCCACAGCGGGGAAUCCGUCCAGCACAGCGCGGAGGUCGCCGAUUCCAAGGGCCACAUGCCCGGGGAAGAUCACCUCGGCCACUCGCGCGAACACAAGGACCUCGAGGCCGCGAAAACGGCCGCCCUGGAAGAGUACAUGGCGCAGCUGACGUCUAUCUUCAUCCUGGAGUUCGGCAUCAUCUUCCACUCCGUCUUCAUCGGUCUGACCCUGGCGGUGUCCGGCGAGGAGUUCGUCACGUUGUACAUUGUUCUGGUCUUCCACCAGACCUUCGAAGGCCUGGGUCUGGGAUCCCGACUGGCCGAAGUCCCGUGGCCCCGUUCGAAGCGCAUCACGCCGUACCUCUUGGGCAUCGGGUUCGGGCUGUCCACCCCUAUUGCCAUUGCCAUCGGACUGGGAGUGCGCAACGCCUAUCCCCCGGAGGGACGGACGACUCUGAUUGUCAACGGCGUGUUCGACUCGAUUUCCGCCGGUAUUCUCAUCUACACGGCGCUUGUGGAACUCAUGGCGCACGAAUUCAUGUUCAGCACGUCGAUGAAGAAGGCGCCCAUCCAGCACGUUCUGGCAGCGUUCGGCCUGCUCUGUCUGGGAGCGUUGUUGAUGGCCUUGCUUGGAAAGUGGGCUUAA